CAGAACUCGGCCGUUGCAGACAACAACACCUGGGCUUCCAGCACGGCGAUGGCGGAGAGCAACGUUAAUCCCAGUAUGUCGAUCUCGGCUUACACCGAGGUCAAAAUGGCGGCUGGGGCUUCUGGCGGGGCGGAUAUGCAGCUUGGUGGAGCCGGAUACUACCAGGACAGCAGCACCGGGACGACGGUGGAGGCGGGGAUGCAGACAUACGCAGGGGGAUCUGUGGAGACGGGCGGUGUCGCGGACCUGCCCACCCCGCAGCAGACGUACGCCGGAACCGAAAAUGCCGACGUUCAGGGUUCCUUUGCGGGGGCAGGGACGUUUCCAGCAUCGGAGAAUUACGCAAGCAUGCAGGCUGCGAGCGGGCAGGAGAUGUACACGGGCCAGGAGACAGCUCCCAUGCAGGGAGCCUACACAGGCCAGGAAAUGUACCCCGGGCAGGACGCGUAUACCGGCCAAGAGGGCUGUUCCGCACAGCCGACGUACGCAGAUCAGCAGGCUUACGUCGGCCAAGACUCCUACACUGCGCAGGACCUGUCUGCUCAGGGGGCCUACUACGAUGGCGCCGACUGGGGGGCAUGCGCGGACUCGACAGCCUACGCUGGGGUAGACGCAUAUGCUGGGGUAGACGCGUACGCUGGGGCAGACGCCUACGGGGGAUACGACUACAACGCGCAGAUGGACGCAUACCAGGAGGCGGAUGCGAAUGUCGAGGCUGAGGUACUCGCUGAGGCGCAGGCAUACGAGGAGUAUGCCAUUGAAAGCAGUGACGCUGGGUUAUUUUAGGAAGGAUACCAUGGCCACAACAAUGAGGGGCGGCAGCGAUGGGAUUAUGAUGACAGCGACUGAAUCUACAUGGAUUAAAUUGAUGUUUAUGUCAUGUGGAGGAAGCAGACAGGAGGAAAUAAGCUCGUACAUCUAGUCUGUGUAUACCUCCUGCAUGGCGGCGGCCUCACCAUGUUAUCGUCCCUAAAAUAGCCCGUCAUCACCGGCCCCAUCGCCGCCCCAUCGCCGUGGCCAUAUUAUCCUUCCUAAAAUAGCCUGUCGUUGCUGCCAUUAUCCUUCUCAAAAUAGCCCGGCGUUGCUUCUUUUAAUAGCGUAUUCCUCGCACGCCGCGGCCUCAACGUUCACAUCCGCCUCCUGGUACGCAUCUGCUCCAGCAUACGCCAUCUCGAGCAGAUCAACGUCCUCAACAAGCUCGUCAAGCUAAACCCGUCGCCGUCAAGCCUGGCCGGGGCAGUCGCGCAAGCAAUGACGUUGG